CAACGCAGAAUUCAUGGAAGACGUGCUGCCAUAGAUUUGCCCUCUUCUUAUUCCGCGUCACGCGAUUAGCUUCUGCUUCUAUUCCAUCUUUAUUACUUGCUUUCUCUCGUGCUUUUAAAACCACCCCCCUCACGAAUCUCUUGGAAUCCUCGCUCGCUUUACUCUUCUAUUUGUUUGUUAGAGAAGAAUAGUAGUACAAGGAUAGCUGCGUGAAAGGAAGGAGGAGAACCAGAGGAAAAGAAGAAGCCAGCCAUGUCGAGACCCACGGUAGAGUUGGAUUUCUUCGGCCUUGAGAAGGAGAACGCGGCCAGACUCCGCGCCAUGGAGCCAAAAAGCUCCAUUCGAGGUAUCCAGAGUGCGAUAUCCAGGAUAGACCCACAGCUUUUGAAGAGCGUGUUCGCCGGCGGUGCGGGGAGCGCAGUGUUUCGGCCUUCGGCCCCGGUGGGGGAAUCUUCCCGGCUGGUCCUCUCGCCACCGCCGUCGCCGCUGCCGGUCCUCAGCCCGGCCUCCUCCAAGACUGGUAAUGAGAGUCCCCCAGGAACUGCUCCAUUGACAAUCUUCUACCAGGGCAUGGUCACCGUCUUUGAUCUCCCCCAAGAUAAGGCGGAGGCUAUAAUAAAACUAGCAGAGGAUGUUAACCGUGUUAGCCAGCAGGAGGGGUUACUGGAAAAAUUUAACGAAGAUUUGCCGAUGGCACGAAAGAAGUCGCUGCAGAGAUUUUUUGAGAAACGCAAGGAGAGGUUGACUGCGUUGGGACCCUACGAGGGGGAAGUCGAGGUGAGGAAGGAGAAGACACGCAAGGUGGCGGCGGCCACGGACGUGGUGACCGCGUCCAACUUUUGAUGGAUGAUGACUCAGUCAUUAGAUGAUAUAUAGCAAGGGAAUGGCAGAGUUAGAUGCCAAGGAACACUAAUUUAGCUACUCAUUUUAUUCUCCUUAUGGUUGGUUGGUUCAUAUUUUUUAUGAAUUAUGUAAUUAAAGAUACAUAUUAUGAAAUAUGAAAGCACUUUUAAGAUUACUAUUUAUUUUAAGGUUCGAGAUGUUUUGACAUUUCCGCUGAUAGGGUUUGGAAAGUGAUGAAGUUGGCAUGUGAUCACUUAAGACAAUGCUAACAUAGAUCGCAGAGGAAGUUGUAAAGCAAUAAAAUGUCAUUUUGGUUGGA